CGGAGAGAGGGCGCGUGAUAGUGCUGCGUGUUUCUGUCACGUUUCCUCGGGGCAGUAUAGGUGUAUAGAAGAGAGCUGGGGGUUGUUUCGGUGGUCUGUGAUUGACACUCCGGACUGUCGUCAUGAAGCUGCUGGAUGAAACUUCAGCCAGUCAAACUUUCUCCUCUCAGUCGUCCCUCAUCAUGAAGACUGGACUAGAAGCAGCUCUGUCUGUCCUCCAGGAGCACGCGGAGGGUCUGCAGGGGCGGGCGGUGUUCGCCCGAGUCCUGGACGCGAUGGCACGAGAGGUGGUUCGUAAAAUCAGCAGCCUGUUCACACAAAUGUAUUUGAACGUACUGAAUGAAAACCGAGGCCUGAGAGCUCAGCUGGGCCAGCUGGAGGAGCAGCUCGGGUCGAGGAGCGUCGCCGAGGACAGCGGCACGCAGACCAUCUAUAAAAUCAAACCGUUAGGUGCCCCCUCCCUGUCACUCGACAUCAAACAAUCAGCUGCCGACCCUGCUGCCUUGGCGAUGGCCAUCCUCAAAUCGUCCAUGUCCGCCAGUGGAGCCGGCAACAAUCAUCAGGUCCCGCUGGUCAUUAUCAGCCAACCGAUCUCCAGCCAGACCUCUCCACCCCCGCCCCCUUCUGAAGCGCCACCCUCUGCCCGAGCUUCGCUCCCUCUUCACAUACCACCACCUACUUCAGAAAAGGUCUCUCAUGACUCGGUGGUCGCCACCAGUCAGAUUGCCUCUCCUCCAGCUCUCCCCCUCCACCAUUUAACCACCGUGGAUAAAACUCAGACCUUCUUGAUCCGCACACCCUCAACCUUGGCUGAAGGUCCAGCCAGACCUCAGGACGGAGAGAAUGGGGUGGAGGAGAGAGAGGAGCGUCUUGAGGAGCUGUCUCUCAGCGGCGGAGGUAUGACAGAGGGCUCCAGCGAGGAGGAGAAAAAAGAACUGGAGAGGGAGCGGAGAAGACAACUGUACAAACAGAAGCGAGUCUUCUGCCAGCUCUGCAACAAGGGCUUCCACCAGCGGCACCAGCUGAAGAAACACAUGGUCUCCCACAGCAAGCCGUUCCCCUGCCACCAGUGCGACAAGGGCUUCUUCAAGGAGAAGACGCUCCAAACGCACCUCCUCUCCCACAAAGCGAAGGAAGCCAGGGAGAGAGACCCUCACCACAUGCUGAGCUGCGACCAGUGCGACAAAAAGUUCCGUCUGGUGAGGCAGCUCAGGCUCCACCUCAUGCGCCACGAGGGCGAGAAGAACCCGCUGAAGUGCCGUUGGUGCGACAAGAUGUUCUCCAUGCCGGCCUCGCUCAGGUGCCACGAGCUGCUGCACUCCGUGGUGAAGCCGUUCGUCUGCUCCAGCUGCGGCAAAGGCUUCACCAGGAGGAAGAGCCUGCAGGAACACCAGACGGUGCACACCGGCGCCAAACCCUUCCCUUGUUCCGUCUGCGGGAAAAGCUACACAACAGCCAGCAACCUCAGGACCCACAAGAGGACGCACUCCAGCGAACGGCCACACAAGUGCUGCGAAUGCGACAAGGCCUUCAAGUGUAAGAUGGGACUGAUGCAGCACAGGAUUGUCCACACGGGGGAGAAACCUUUCGCCUGCCAGACAUGCGGGUUGAGCUUCGGGCUCAAAUACAAUCUGCAGAGACACCAGCGCCUCCACACGGGGGAGAAGCCGUUCAGGUGCGAGGAGUGCGGGGAGAGCUUCUCCAGCAGCUGGGCGCUGAAGAACCACAUGCUGGUCCAUGGCGUGAAGAAGCCCUUCAUGUGCGACCUGUGCGGAAAGACCUUCUUCUACAACUGCCAGCUGCUGAAGCACCAACGGCUGGUGCACGACACAACUGAAGGAGGGCGGCGCUGCCGCCGCGCCUCCCGGAAGACCUCCGCGGCGACAAAGCCGUUCAGCUGCAAGGUCUGCCUGAAGGGCUUUUGCAGCGCCAGCUCCCUGAAGAUGCACGAGAAGAGCCACGCCGAGGACAAGGAGUUCAGCUGCCAGCUGUGCGGGAAGGCCUUCCACCUCAAACACCUCUACGUCUACCACAUGCGCCAGCACAGCGGCGAGAGGCCCUUUGUGUGCGUUGUGUGCCAGAAGGGCUUCUACCUGAUGUGUCAACUCAGACUGCACGAGCUCCUGCACACCGGCGUGAAACCGCACAAGUGCGAACAGUGUGGGAAAGAGUUCCGAACGCCGCAGAACUACCACCGCCACCUGCUGGUCCACACAGGGGAAAAACCCUACGAGUGCACCGUGUGUGGCAGGAGGUUCCGCCAGUCCAACCAGCUCAAGUCCCACAUGCAGAUCCACACGGGUAUAAAGCUCUACUCCUGUGAGCUCUGUGGUCAGGGCUUCUCCGACUCCCGGCAGCUCAAGAAACAUACCUGCACUGGCGGAUUUCAGAACUCGUUUGGUGCUGUGGUGAAAAGCAGGGAGCACAAGACGGAUUUUCAAUGGACGUAAUGAUAUUUGAACAUGGCAUGUGUGUGUGUGUGUGUGUGUGUGUGUGUGUAUGUAUAUAUAUAUAUAUAUAUAUAUAUACACACACACAGCAGCUGAUACGUACGAAACAGGCGUGUACUGCUAUGUAUUAAAACUUUUUUUU